GAUGGAUCGUUCGGAAACCGAUUGCGAACUGCAGGCUCGUAAUGCUGGAACUGGAAGGUAGAUAGUGAUCUUCGGAUCUUUCUUGGAAUCUUUGAGGGGGCCGAGGGGUGGGGGUUUGGCGAGGGACUUUCGGCAUUCGGUGCUUCAGAUGGCUGCUUGCGAAAUCUUCAACAAAAUUUCCAGUUUAACAAGACAGAGAAGCGGUACUACCUACAUUCAAACUCACGCCUCAAUAUUUGAGUUCAAUUAAGAGAAAGCAUGGGAAAUUCAGAUGAGUCAAGUGUACCAUUUCUCGCUGAUCUGGAAAACGAAUACACAGGGACUGAGAAAUCUCAUAUUUCACCCCUAGAUAAUCCUAGAAUCACGAAAUGCUCAAAAAAGCAGACUUGUUUCUGGAUAUCAUGUAUGGUUGUCGUUACGCUGCUUACAAACACCGCAACAUAUCUCACCACACAUCAACCUCUCAGAAAUCUAGACAACGUGUGUGCUAAGCAUACAAGUCAAACUUGGAGCCCCAUACUCGAUAAUAUUGACAUUGAAUACGAAACUGUUCGAUUCAAUGGUUCGCUGUUUACCAACACUAUAUACAGAGAAGAACCGAGUCCGGAAGUUGAUGAAGCAUGGCACAACCUUGGAACGAAAUAUAAAGCAAUAAUCAUCCCACCAGAAGAUGCUUCCAAAGCAGGAAUAUCACUUGAUCAUUUCCGAGUAGAUGAGAAAGAUGGAGGUCCUGGUUAUCCUGCUAUAGUUGAGGUAAUGCAUCAAUUGCAUUGUCUGAAUCUUCUCCGACAAGGACUCUAUUACAACUCUGAGUACUACCACAAUCUCGGAGAAGGGCCAUUCAAGAAUGAAGAGUAUAUCUUGAAGGCACAUAUAAGUAUGUACAUUAGCACUAGUCGGUGGAAACAAUUGCUGACAACCAUAAUAGACCACUGUCUAGACACCGUCCGCCAAAGCCUAAUGUGUUCAGCCGAUACAGGAGCACAUCCCUUUUUGUGGGCAAAGUCUGGAGAUCGUGUUCACUUAUAUCCGGACUUCAACCGUGAUCACAAAUGCAAGAAUUUUGAUGAUAUAAGGCAAUUUGCAGAGAAACAUCAAGCACCAUGGCGUGAAGACGGCCAGUUGGAUGUGCAGCCAAAAGAGGGAGAAGUUAUUUUACCAGCAAUUCCAUGAUUUUGGAACCCAUACCCCGAAGAAAAUUAACUCCAUUAGACGUACAUUAAAUCAUUGCAUCGUUUCCAUAGUGCA